GUCGGAAAUUGCAGAAGUGAGCAUGCGUGAUCCCUUACGUGUGUUUACUUUUUCGCAGUAGCUGAACUAGAAGCCUUAAACGCCACCAAAAGCCUUAAUUUUCCGCCUUAAAUCCCAAAGUCAAACUGGAUUCUUCGAACCACGAGGCUACUAUAAUGCAAUCACCGAAAGGGUCGACAAACGACCAGAAUUUGCCCGCCGUAGUCGAGCUAAAUGUUGGAGGGCAAUUGUACACUACAUCGCUACCAACGUUACUCAAGGAUUCCGAAUCGCUGCUUAGCUCAAUGUUCAGCGGUCGACAGAAAAUCCCGCGCGAUUCAAGAGGUCGCUUUUUCAUUGACCGAGACGGGGUUUUAUUUCGCUAUAUUCUGGAUUAUCUACGAAACUGCAAACUAGCGCUUCCAGAGGGCUUCAACGAGCGAGAGCGUCUGACAAUGGAAGCUGAGCACUUUAAACUGAAAGGGAUGGUGCGAGCUAUCCAGCGCGAAAAAGACAACAUAAAGUCAACGGAUAAAGGCCGACCAUCUGGGUAUAUCUCGAUCGGCGUUCGUGGAACGUACGCAUUUGGCAGGGAUGGAGUCGCCGAUGUCAAGUUUCGAAAACUGCAGCGUAUAUUGGUGUGUGGAAACGUGGCAUUAGCGCGCGAAGUUUUCGGUGAUUCUUUGAACGAAACCCGUGACCCCGACCGUGAUGAUCAGCGAUAUACCAAUCGGUUCUACCUUAAGCAUAGCUACCUAGAGAAAGCAUUUGACCAGCUUAUGGAAAAAGGUUAUACAAUGGUGACUAGCUCAGCCGGAGGGGCAGGCUAUGAUCCCGAAAACGAAGAAACAAAAUGGAACCACUUUAACGAUUACGUUUUUUUCCGAGGCUGAAUCGUUAUUGCCGAUCGAAUAAUCUUGUCUAAAACUGAUGGGCAGAGAGCUUGACUGGUGCAAAUAGCGAGGUUAUAAGUUUCGAGUGAAACUUCAAUGUUUUUGGCGUGUGAAUCAAUUAUACUACAAGGAGAACGUUCUUUUAGAACAUGCACCAAAUACUGUGUAAACUGUGCAAAGCAACUAUUACCAUAUUUCUGUUUUGUUUAUUUUCAUAGGGAAUUCUAAGUCGACAGGGAACGUCGCAUUACCAAAUCAUUGCUCUUUUCAUUGCUCUCGAAGGGGUUUAAGAAGAUUUGAAUAAUACCUCUUACGUCCAACUAAACGAAUUAUCGGGGAAAAUGAAAUGGCUUGUUGGCCCUUUUCGAUAGUUUGACAACCAUUUUUUCCCAUUUUGUUGGAACAAAUUCAAAUUACAAAAUCUUGGCAAAAUUAGAAAGGAAAAAAAGAAGUAGACAAAUAACCAAUUAUUAGAUUUAGCGACUAGAAAAUAAAUGGACAGAAAACAACUAAAUUGUGUAAAUAGUAACAAACAUAUUAUUUAUGGAAUAUUUUACAAGGAAGAAACUUUAGCCCUUUUUAGUCUCAGUAUUAUACGCCCGGGAAGAUUUUUCGAUUAUACAUUUACAAAGCGAGCAAAGAACCUAGGUGUAGAUAAAAAGCGAAAUAAAGUAGACAACGCAUUAA